UGGGAAGACGAUGACGACAGCGACGUCUGACGAUUCUUAUUGGUCGAGCCACGAUCCGUUGCCAUGCAGGACGCGGUGUGGUUGGUUACCGACUCCGGGAGAUCGGGUCUGCUGUAGUUCGGUCAGUUGGUCCGCGGCGGGGUGUUCGGCGAGGGGAAGCCAUGAUGUCUCCUUGUUGUUGUUGUUGUUGUGCGCUGUGUGGAUCCUUCAGACAUGAAGCCUGAGGUCUCCGCCGGUCUGGGGUUUAUCAGCAUGAAACUGGGGGAGCGGUUCCGGACGGGAGCGGACAGAAGAAGGGCUGUUAGUGAGAUCUGAGAGUCGGAGCCGUCGGUCGGGCGGACAUUGCGUGUGUGGCUGAGUGUGCACAGAUGCACUGACUGGAUUGUCAGCAGCGUCCUCCCACUGUGUUUAGCUUGUUAGCUAGUUUGUACAGCUAACGUUAGCUGUACAUAAAGCUAGUUACCUGACCUGCUACAGAUGUAGCUAAUUAGCUAGCUGGCUGUUUUGUUAGUUAACUAGCUAAGAAGGGAAGCUAGUUAGCUAGCUAGCUACCCUAUGGCUGAUCGCGUAGCAAGCUAAGUUAGCCAGCUAGCUUAGAUCUUAACUAAAAAACUAGUUAGCAACUUAAGCUAAAGAGGAGCCUGUUUGUUUAUUCGUCGUGAAAAAUUGUGCGCUGGUCGUGUCAUCCUUGUUUGAAACUGACUAGCUGUUAGUUAGCUAGAUAGCCUAACUAGCUAACUAACUGAGCAUCUCUCCAGACAGCUAAGCUAAACUAAGCUAGCUAGCUGCAUGGAGAAGCUCACAGCAGCCACAGCCACACAGUCACCCAUUCCCCCAAUGACUCUCAGCGGCUAGUUUAGCUAAGCUACCGCCAGUGGCCAACCAGCUGACGAAUUCGCCCCGCCUGCCUGCUCGCCUGUCCGCCUGCCUGUGCGCAGUUAGCUCCCUGUUUAGUGGACAGAGAGUGGGAGAAACUGGCGGCCCUCCGUCUGGAGCCCGAUGAGAAGGAUAUAGGCGCCAUGGCGUGGGUGCUGAAGAUGGACGAUGCUACGAUCGAGUCUGGACUCGUCCACGACUUCGAUGCCAGCUUGUCUGGUAUCGGCCAGGAGCUCGGGGCUGGAGCCUACAGCAUGAGUGAUGUCUUGGCUCUUCCCAUCUUCAAGCAGGAGGAUGGAAGCGUUUCUGACGAGUCUGACAGUAAAAAUCCUCCGUUUCAGUACGUGCUGUGUGCUGCCACCUCACCAGCCGUUAAACUGCACGAGGAGACACUCACCUACCUAAACCAAGGCCAGUCUUAUGAGAUUCGUCUCCUGGAUAACAGGAAGAUAGGGGAAAUGCCGGAACUCAACAGCACCAAUGUGAAGAGUAUAGUGCGAGUAGUAUUUCACGACCGAAGACUGCAGUAUAUGGAGCAUCAGCAGCUGGAGGGCUGGAAGUGGAAUCGGCCUGGUGACCGUCUUCUUGACAUUGAUAUCCCCAUGUCUGUGGGUAUUACUGAACCCCACACCCACUCCUCCCAGCUAAACGCUGCUGAGUUCCUGUGGGACGUCUCCAAGCGUGCGUCCGUGUUUGUUCAGGUGCACUGCAUCAGCACAGAGUUCACCCCCCGAAAACAUGGCGGCGAGAAGGGUGUUCCGUUCCGCAUCCAGAUAGACACCUUCAAACAGAACGAGAACGGAGAGUACACAGAACACCUGCACUCUGCCAGCUGCCAGAUCAAAGUGUUCAAGCCAAAAGGAGCCGACCGGAAACAGAAGACUGACAGAGAAAAGAUGGAGAAAAGGAGUGCACAAGAGAAGGAGAAAUACCAGCCCUCAUAUGAUACUACUAUUCUAUCAGAGACUCGUCUGGAGCCGGUGAUAGAGGAGGCUGUGGAGCAAGAGCUGAAGAAAUCCAGUAAGCGCACACUGCCUGCAGAUUGUGGAGAUUCCACAGCCAAGAGCAAAAGAGGCAGUUGUUCUCCUUGGCCUGAUAAUGCGUAUGUGAACCCAAACACAGCAGCUCCUGCAACCUUUACCUCCAACACACACUCGUACACAAGUGGCAAUGCUGUGCCUGAAAGUGAAUCUUCUUCACCCAACCACCAAGGAGAAGCUGUCUGUCACAUCACUAUGGAGUCUUUAAGCCCAUCAGCUUCUAUGCAGGACGUUCAGCAGUGGCUUCAUAAGAACAGGUUCAACUCCUAUAGCCGGAUUUUUACACAUUUCUCAGGUUCUGAUCUACUGAAGUUGACUCGUGAAGAUUUGGUCCAGAUCUGUGGGCCAGCUGAUGGGAUCCGUCUUUACAAUGCACUAAAAUCAAGAGCGGUUAGACCUCGGCUGACUGUGUACGUGUGUCAGGAGAUGUCCCACGCGGAGAGCCCUCUGCUGGAGCGACGCUGCCACAGCAAGAACAGAGAGCUUGACAGUCCCACAGCCCUACAUGUUUACCAUGCGCUGUACCUCGAGGAGAUGACCGCUUCUGAGCUGACCAGAAAAAUAUCCAACGUGUUGAGCCUGCCACUAACCCACAUUAACCAAGUGUACAGGCAGGGCCCCACAGGAAUACACAUACUGCUCAGUGACCAGAUGGUGUCCAAUUUCCUUGAUGAAAGCUGCUUCGCUGUCAGUACAUUAAAAGAUGAUACAGGUGACAGAUUCCAUCUGGUUCUGAAGUAGCUCCAGCAGAAGAAUAAGCUGAAGAAGGCGAUGCGAUGACAUCACUGAGGUUCCUCACUGCCGUUUGUUCUUGAGCACUGAAGAUGCUCCCUCCAUCCUUCUCUUUCUCCAUCUCUCUGUCUGUCUCUCUCUAUCUCUCUUUGUCUCCAUGCCUGACGCAAGAAAGAGAGAGGCUGAGCAGAGGUUGACUGAGACCUCCUAACUGUUAGAAUCUGACUUAAGCGUGUAACUUGUUUCAUAUUGAAAACACUUAAACUGAUGGUUGCAUGGGGGGGUGGGGUUGUGUGUGAGAGGGAAGAUGGAGGGAGGGCUCUGUGUGUGUGUGUCUGAUUUUUAAGCUGUAAUGGGAGAGAAUGGUAGAUCAGGAAGGAAGGGAGGGAUAGAAACCAGAAGACUACUCUUGAUGAUGAAGCUUUCUCCCUUCUGCGUGAGCAGGGUACUCAUGGACAGUCCUGACUGACGGGGCAGUUUCCAAACUCUGUGGCCAGACGGUCGUCCACACUCGGGACAAAACUUGCCCUCGCUUCGUAGUUUGGUGACAGUACAGUCUUCACUUGAAUAGUUUACUAUGUCUGUAAUAGUGGCUGUGCUGUUUGAUUGCCUGCCAUAGAUGUCUAUCAAAAAAAGGACUGCACUUUUUAGUACCUUUUUUUUUUCCUGACGCAGGACACGGUUGUGUUGUGUCGUGCACAGACAAAAUGAUUCCUGUGUGCGUGUGAUCACCUGUCGCUAGUUAUCCACUUUUGGAGAUCUGCAUAUUGGGCAGUGUUUCCCUUUUUUUUAAUUUUUUUUUUUUGCAUAAACGAUGAUGCUGCUUUGUCUGCGUCUCCUACCAAGACCAAUCAUCUCUGGUGCCAUAAAGAACUGUUUACUAGAUUCUGUUACACGGUAGCAUCUGAGGACUGGUGGCAUUUUUACUUUGUAUUUCUUUGGGUUGAAUUAAUCAGCCAAAUGAAAUAAGUGGAGUUUAGUCCUCUUGCAGUGACUUGUCAGAAGCUGGCAUGAUGAUAUCUGUUCAUUCUUUUUUGUUCAGUGUCUAGAGCUGUAAUAGAAGGCAGGGAAUAAUCAAAAUAACAUGUAAAACAGAUAGAACUACAGAUGUCUAUAACUGUUAAAUAUAUCUAUAUAUUACUUCUGUCACUUCCCCUUGGAAUAAAGGUGGAGGAUUUGUCCAGAGAGCCCUAUAAGUGUUUAUAUGUCACCUGCUGCAGCUAUAUGUAGCCUAGCAGCAGCCAAUCAGGGCAGGCUCUGUGUGAUUUCUUUUUUUUAUUAUUAUUAUUAUUUGUAUUUUAUUUUCCUCGUUAGAGACUGAUUUGAUUGGUUAUCUCAGUAGUUCAGCAUUGGGCAGCUGUGCUUUGGCAUGUACUGUUUGUUUGCCAUUAAAGCAUGAAGGGCAGGAAUGUUGCCCUCAGUAAAUAUGAAUACGAAAAACGACCAAGACUGCACUGACGCAAACAUACAAGAGCACCGCUCUGUUGGACGUGCUGAUGUACUGAUGUACUUACCGAUGUAAUGCGCUUGAUCCUAAUGGGGUGUAAGCCGUGUUUACCCACCCUCCACGAUUCUCUACAGGGGGAAAUGAACAAAGUGAGAUGUUGAGAUGCCUCGACUGCUCUCGUCCUCUGUGGAUGGUGUGGACUGUCCUAUGUGUUUCCAUGACCGCAGUUAUGGUACCUCCAUAUCACUGUGUCUGAAGGGAGCUUCUCUUGUAUUGAGGAUGCUGGGAUGUACACACUUCAUGCCUGUACCAGAAAUAAAGUAAUUUUAAUACA